AUGUUGGCAGACCCGGAAAGGUCGAACUACACGCCGGCGGCGUCGCUUAAGCUGCUGAAGUACGCGUUUAUGCUGAUGCUAUUACUACGAGUGCUUAAUCUCGAGGAUGAACAGGCCAUGGUGGGCGCUUCGGCGGCUGCUAAGGCGAAAUUGGACGAGGCAGAACCUCCAGAGGUGCUUCCUCAGAUCACAGUGCCGCUGACGUUGUGGCUUCAGGAGGAUGUGGUGUUGGCAGAACUGAAAAUUAAGGUGGCAUUGCUACGGGAGAUCAAUAGCAUGCUCCAGAAGAACGUGCUGACUUUGCAGUCGGAGGAGUUGUUCUUGCUAGACGAUACGACGCUCAUGUACUAUGAAAAGCUCUUGACGGCGUAUGACUUUUUGAAGUUUAACCGUCCGGCUCCACUGUUUGACGCUUUAAGGGAGGACGACGAGUAUGAGGAGUACGAUGACGCUUCGUCUGUGUCGGUGUACCCAUCACAUCCAGAUUCGAUUCUGCGGCGGACCUCUGCUUCUGAGCUAGCCAGACCAGGCUCUUCAGCUAGACUGUUGAGCUCAGGUAGCUACAAGUCUCGAAUGUCUACGCUUUCGAGAGAUUUCAGAAAACUCUCGUUUCUCGGGCUUAAUGGCCACCCAGAGCUGCCCAGUCACGAAAAAGAAGAUGUUUCUCCCCCACUGCCCAUUCUGCCUUUAUCGGCUCCACAAAGAUCAUUCCUGGCAUCGACAUUCCAGCCAGCCUCCCUGCUGCAUCCUCACAGAGACCAACUCAAUGCUCUCUUGUCAAAGCUGAAGUUCUAUAAUAAGUUGCGUAGACGUGACUCUGCUGCAUCUUAUUCCAGUGCCCUAUCAACACCUACCAGCAUGACAAGCAAUACGAGCGCCUCCUCGGUCCGCAGGAAAUCUUCACAAGGCUUCACUGAAAAGCAACCGAAGAAAAGACUAAGUGAUGCUCAGAAGCAAGAAAACCAGAGAAGCAAACUAGAAUACUACGUCCAAGUACGUGAACUCGCCGAGAACACCAAAAUUCUCGUGAGUUUCCUUGGGAAACCAGGGUCUAGAGCAUCGCUAGUACGUCUCAUGGACUUUGUGAAGAAUAACGUAUUCAGGUUGGUGCUUAUCGAUAUCUCGUCAAUGAUCGUGGAGUACGCCCACCUCAAGGCAAGCCGCGUAAUCUAA